AUGGCCACCUGCUUGGAGGAACAAACAGAGUGUGCUCCUGACCAACAGCCUGUGCCCAGUGACAAUGAUGAGGGUAAGUGAAUUGUACUUCUAAGCAGUUCACAUUCAGCACUGACAUAAUUUUGACAGUGACAUAUUUUCUGUAAUUUCAGUUGUCUGUCCCCUAACAAUGGGAUGAAUUACUAGACUUUUACAUUGCACAAAAAAAUAUUUAUUUUACAGACAUAUGCUCUGAAUUAUCACCAACUGACCUGGUUGCUGGAAUGCUAGAUGACCUUAAUGGCGAAGCAAUUUAAUGCAAUUAAAGGCAAACCAUCAAGGCUUGUGUCAGCCAUCCAUUGCUUUGGGAAGUCUCACAUCAGCACAGCGGCCAAUAGCGCAGCAGCACUCCGAAGAGCUGCCAGAUGACCAGGCCCUAUGAUUCCCUGUCAGCCUACAGCUGUUGCCCGUCGUUCCACCAAGGCUGGUACUAAACGGCGUCUCACGACUGGAUGACCAAAAGGCCAGAACAGUGGCUCUGAGCACCCAUACUGUUCACAUGCUAAAAGGAAAAGGUCAUCAGAAAUUAGACAUCACAAGUUGUCUGACUCAGUGUAUGCAAAUAGUUCUCACCCAAAGUGAAUAAAGCACGUGAGGUAAAUUUAUGUUCCCCUUGAAGUUCCUACUGUCUCAAUAAAAAUGCAAAAUGCUCAAGGGGAGUUGUUAGCCACUGGCAUAGAAAAAAUAUGUAUGUAUUAAGGAUUUAGGCAAAUGUUAUUAAUCAGUGACUGAAAUGUUCUCAAUCUUGAAAUACAAGGGCAAAUGUUAUUAAUCAGUGACUGAAAUUUUGCGCUACGUGAUAUUCACUUCCGGACUUGGAGAGCGCUCAAAGCGUUGUAGAACGCCCCUCGGAAUAACGGGGCGUGGUUUUGGCUUAACUGCGUUGGGAAAAAGAAAGACGUGUGCUGCUAACACUGUCCCUGUCGCAUACCGGGCUCGAGCUAGUGAUCCUCCGCUCGCAAACACACGUGACCGACCCUCCUUGACAAAGUACCAACUGUAGAUAUGCGGCUGGUAACCGUAGGGUUGCCGGUUUAAAUCUCUGAGCUGACUGGGGGGAUAUCGUAUACAUAUAUAGUAUCUACCACCGUGCAGGUUAGCGUUUUUCGUUAUGAAUCUUGUUCUGGAGGCAGCUCUGCAAAGUGGUCACUAGCUGGCACAGCCACAAAGUCUUUAAAUCUGAAACCUAACCUUAAAGGAGAAAUCCCAAUUUUUCUCCCACGUCGUGGAAGCUUGGCGUAUUUCAACAGUUAGUUUUCAAACAACUCUCCCCACUUCCCACCCCCACCCCAUUUCUCAACAAGAUGUGAGAAAUAACGUUAAACUCCAAAAAGUAUCUGUAUUGUAAUACCAUAUGGCAACGUUGUGCAAUUUGUCAAGUUUCCGUGAUGUGUUCUGUCGGUUCCCUUGCUAACGUUUGCUAAACCAAAGCUAGUUAGACACAAUUGCAGCUACAGCUAGCUGCAAUAGUUUCAACGUUGUUUUGUAAUAGCCAGAAAGUAUUUCACAUAGCAGGACAUCUAACACCUAGCUAACGUCAUUCUGUAAUGAACACUCAGGGAGAAAAAGGUGUAGAUUCAUGCGCAGAGCGUGGCAGGUUUUAUUUACGCCUUCGCAGAAGGCAGGAAACGUGGUCACAGGCAGGCAAUGGUCAUACACAGGUAGGCAAACAGGCAGGUGAAUCAACUAGGACUGAAGGGUAUAACUGGUUCUCACAAACGAGCUAGGAAAAGGCUUAGUAGAGUCAAAACGAACAAUACCUCACAAGGCACAAACAGAAAGAACUGAACUAAAUAAGGAGCUGAUGAGACCAGGUGAGUAACUAACAGUGGCGGCUCCUGAAAAAAUUCUCAGGGGGGGCAAUUUUUCUGAUGAUUUAGGUGACCUACACACAUUUUAAAAAAGAUAUGUCCAGCAACAACAUGAAGACAGGGGCAGCAUAUAAGUCAAUACCAGAAGCAUUUAUUGACUGAUCUCAAAAGUGUUGGCUUACCAGGGUUGGUGGAGCCCUCAGUUUCAUCUUUGCCUCGCAAAGCUAACUCAAACACUCCGCAAAACUUGUCCACCAGUAUCUGUCUUUUUAUCUCACGUUGUACAUCUCUUAAAGCCUGUCUAUCACCCCCAGCAUAAACUGCCUUCUUCCUAUCAAGUAGUGAUUUUAGAUGUUUUGAUACCCAAGGCUUGUUGUUAGGGAAGAUUUUACAGGUCUUAGUAGGCACAACUGACUCAACACAGAAGUUUACAUAGUCUGAAAUAACCUCUGUGAGUUCAUCCAGAUCAGAGCUGCUGUCCUCAAAUACCUCCCACAUUGUACAGUCAAAACACCCCAAGUGAUACUGUUGUCAUUCCAGAUCUGGACAGUUUUAACUGUGGGUUUCUCCCUCUCCAGGAGGCGACAGUAAAUUGGCCGGAGGUCUGGUGGUGGCAGAGAACGCCUUUGGUAUUGUCCCAUAGCACAAAUCAAGAGUCCUAUUUUUCCUAGUGUGACAUUUCACAUACUGAUGGUAUGUGCGCAAGACUUUGUGCAAGGUACAGUUGUUAAAAUCCCCUAAAAUAAAUUUGGGUGCGUCGGGGGAGAUGGAUUCCAGUUUCUGUGACAGAUUAUAAAUAAUCUCUGAUGCCUUUGUUAUAUUAGCUUUUGGUUGAAUGUACACAACGGUAACAAACAAUUGGGGGAACUCACGGGGCAGAUAGUAAGGUCGCAGUGACACAGAAAGCAGUUCAAUGUCGGGGGUACAGAGUCGCUCUCUUACCAGGAUCGAUUUACACCACUGGUCCCUGACAGACGCCCCCGCCGUGAAGUUUCCCUGUGACUGUCAGAUCGCGGUCCGCUCUGACCAGGGUGAAGCCGGCCGGCUCCACUUCUCUGUCCGGGACUCUGUCAUCCAGCCAAGUCUCAGUAAAUGCCAGCAAACAGGCCUCCCGAUAUUCGUGUUGGAAGCGCAGAUUCGCUGACAACUCAUCCGCUUUCCCCCUCAGUGACUGGGCAUUAAUCAGCAAGGUGGUGGGUAAGGGAAGUUUGUUCUUAAUUUUUUUUAAGUCGUUGUCUGAUUCCCCCGCGUUUUCCACGUUUGCAUUUGGGUUUGUAAUCCACUCGCAGACAAUCAGGUAUUAGAUGGGCCAUUGGGAUAUCCAUCGCGUUCGUAUUUGAGUUGCAUUGUAGUAAAAACUCCCUGCUGUAUUGGAUUCCGCUGCCAGCAGCGUUUUCAUUAUUUAGUCCGUUCGUAGCGGGUAUGUACACGAUCAACAAGAUCAGUCCAACACCGUGACCCCACCACUGGAAAUCCAUGGUUGGCAGAAUGUUUGUAAACUAAGUGUACAAAUAAAAAACAUAAAAUAACGCCACUAAGUGUACAAAUUAAAAACAUAAGAUUAAAAACAUAAGAUAACGCCACACCAAACGUCACACACACUGCAGGUCGCAACAGAGACGCUGCUACCCGCUCUUUUCUUAGUUACGUUCAUGGUUACGUUACGUAUGACGAAAGCGCGUAAGUGCAAGCCCUCAGAAACCCAUAGAGAUUGUAUUGAAAGCUCUGAAAUUUGAAAAAAAUAGAUUUUACAUGGGAGUCUAUGACAGACUUCUGGGCGAUUUUCAACCUGACUGAAAUCGCCCCAAAACGGGCGGGGACAUUUGAAGCACGACUUUAGCCUGAUUGGACAUUUAGUGGCAGUGUGGCACUGUGGCAGAUCAGACGUCUAGAUUACAACACUGAUAACUACUGUUGCCGUGAUAUAAUUGAUUAGAAAAAAAAUCCCUUCCUUUUCCCGUUUGGCAGUGCGUCGCCCAUAUCGCCCUAUUGAACACACCGCCCCUGGUAACUAACACAGGUGAAAUCAAUGAAGAAAAAUGAAAGACAGGGCUACGUUCAAGAACACAAAGAAACAGGUCUACGUUCAAGAACACAAGGUGAACCAAGAAAAUAAAUACAGAACCUUACACAUUCAUUGUUUGCACAGGUUGCGUUAGACAAUGUUGAUGAUGGCAGUCCGACUAGCAGGGCAAGAGGCAGGGCUAGAGGAGACAGGCAGAGCCAGGGGCAGAGGAGACAGGCAGCAGAGGAGAAAGGCAGAGGCAGGCAGCAGAGAGACAGAAAUUAGGAUGAGGAGAAGCAUGUUGCUCUCCGACGUGAUAGAAUGGCUGUCACAUAGGUUUGUAUUAUGUUGGAAAUGCCUAUAUACAGUGGGGAGAACAAGUAUUUGAUACACUGCCGAUUUUGCAGGUUUUCCUACUUACAAAGCAUGUAGAGGUCUGUCAUUUUUAUCAUAGGUACACUUCAACUGUGAGAGACGGAAUCUAAAACAGAAAUCCAGAAAAACACAUUGUAUGAUUUUUAAGUAAUUCAUUUGCAUUUUAUUGCAUAACAUAAGUAUUUGAUCACCUACCAACCAGUAAGAAUUCCGGCUCUCACAGACCUGUUAGUUUUUCUUUAAGAAGCCCUCCUGUUCUCCACUCAUUACCUGUAUUAACUGCACCUGUUUGAACUCAUUACCUGUAUAAAAAGACACCUGUCCACACACUCAAUCAAACAGACUCCACCCUCUCCACAAUGGCCAAGACCAGAGAGCUGUGUAAGGACAUCCGGGAUAAAAUUGUAGACCUGCACAAGGCUGGGAUGGGCUACAGGACAAUAGGCAAGCAGCUUGGUGAGAAGGCAACAACUGUUGGUGCAAUUAUUAGAAAAUUGAAGAAGUUAAAGAUGACGGUCAAUCACCCUAGGUCUGGGGCUCCAUGCAAGAUCUCACCUAGUGGGGCAUCAAUGAUCAUGAGGAAGGUGAGGGAUCAGCCCAGAACUACAUGGCAGGACCUGGUCAAUGACCUGAAGAGAGCUGGGACCACAGUCUCAAAGAAAACCAUUAGUAACACACUACGCCGUCAUGGAUUAAAAUCCUGCAGCGCACGCAAGGUCCCCCUACUCAAGCCAGCGCAUGUCCAGGCCCGUCUGAAGUUUGCCAAUGACCAUCUGGAUGAUCCAGAGGAGGAAUGGGAGAAGGUCAUGUGGUCUGAUGAGACAAAAAUAGAGCUUUUUGGUCUAAACUCCACUCGCCGUGUUUGGAGGAAGAAGAAGGAUGAGUACAACCCCAAGAACACCAUCCCAACCAUGAAGCAUGGAGGUGGAAACAUCAUUCUUUGGGGAUGCUUUUCUGCAAAGGGGACAGGACGACUGCACCGUAUUGAGGGGAGGAUGGAUGGGGCCAUGUAUCGUGAGAUCUUGGCCAACAACCUCCUUCCCUCAGUAAGAGCAUUAAAGAUGGGUCGUGGCUGGGUCUUCCAGCAUGACAACGACCCGACACACACAGCCAGGGCAACUAAGGAGUGGCUCCGUAAGAAGCAUCUCAAGGUCCUGGAGUGGCCUAGCCAGUCUCCAGACCUGAACCCAAUAGAUAAUCUUUGGAGGGAGCUGAAAGUCCAUAUUGCCCAGCGACAGCCCCGAAACCUGAAGGAUCUGGAGAAGGUCUGUAUGGAGGAUUGGGCCAAAAUCCCUGCUGCAGUGUGUGCAAACCUGGUCAAGACCUACAGGAAACGUAUGAUCUCUGUAAUUGCAAACAAAGGUUUCUGUACCAAAUAUUAAGUUCUGCUUUUCUGAUGUAUCAAAUACUUAUGUCAUGCAAUAAAAUGCAAAUUAAUUAUUUAAAAAUCAUACAAUGUGAUUUUCUGGAUUUUUGUUUUAGAUUCCGUCUCUCACAGUUGAAGUGUACCUAUGAUAAAAAUUACAGACCUCUACAUGCUUUGUAAGUAGGAAAACCUGCAAAAUCAGCAGUGUAUCAAAUACUUGUUCUCCCCACUGUAUUUAUCAAAAAUAAAGUAUUUUUUCUUGAAUAGUUGAAAAGUUAAUGUACAGUGGGGAAAAAAGUAUUUAGUCAGCCACCAAUUGUGCAAGGUCUCCCACUUAAAAAGAUGAGAGAGGCCUGUAAUUUUCAUCAUAGGUACACGUCAACUAUGACAGACAAAUUGAGGAAAAAAAUUCCAGAAAAUCACAUUGUAGGAUUUUUAAUGAAUUUAUUUGCAAAUUAUGGUGGAAAAUAAGUAUUUGGUCACCUACAAACAAGCAAGAUUUCUGGCUCUCACAGACCUAUAACUUCUUCUUUAAGAGGCUCCUCUGUCCUCCACUCGUUACCUGUAUUAAUGGCACCUGUUUGAACUUGUUAUCAGUAUAAAAGACACCUGUCCACAACCUCAAACAGUCACACUCCAAACUCCACUAUGGCCAAGACCAAAGAGCUGUCAAAGGACACCAGAAACAAAAUUGUAGACCUGCACCAGGCUUGGAAGACUGAAUCUGCAAUAGGUAAGCAGCUUGGUUUGAAGAAAUCAACUGUGGGAGCAAUUAAUAGGAAAUGGAAGACAUACAAGACCACUGAUAAUCUCCCUCGAUCUGGGGCUCCACGCAAGAUCUCACCCCGUGGGGUCAAAAUGAUCACAAGAACGGUGAGCAAAAAUCCCAGAACCACACGGGGGGACCUAGUGAAUGACCUGCUGAUCCAUUCCUUGGUGUGGUUGUCCCCCAGGCAGUAAUGUUCACAAUGUCCCAGUGUCCAUGUGUGUUCAUUCACCACAUGGUGAAUAACACCUCUCCACAGGUCCUGAAACAUACAAUCGCAAUGCAUGAAUUCUUUCAAAAAUCUGUUUCAUUAUCCACUUUGCCUAUUGCAGAUGUGAUUUCAGCAACUCAGGGACGAGUGCUAGCUCACAGCUAAGCACAGUACAUAAUCACUCAAACAUAACACGUACAGUUGGGGAAAAAAAGUAUUUAGUCAGCCACCAAUUGUGCAAGUUCUCCCACUUAAAUUUCUUUCCAGAAAAUCACAUUGUAGGAUUUUUAAUGAAUUUAUUUGCAAAUUAUGGUGGAAAAUAAGUAUUUGGUCAAUAACAAAAGUUUCUCAAUACUUUGUUAUAUACCCUUUGUUGGCAAUGACACAGGUCAAACGUUUUCUGUAAGUCUUCACAAGGUUUUCACACACUGUUGCUGGUAUUUUGGCCCAUUCCUCCAUGCAGAUCUCCUCUAGAGCAGUGAUGUUUUGGGGCUGUCGCUGGGCAACACAGACUUUCAACUCCCUCCAAAGAUUUUCUAUGGGGUUGAGAUCUGGAGACUGGCUAGGCCACUCCAGGACCUUGAAAUGCUUCUUACGAAGCCACUCCUUCGUUGCCCGGGCGGUGUGUUUGGGAUCAUUGUCAUGCUGAAAGACCCAGCCAUGAUUCAUCUUCAAUGCCCUUGCUGAUGGAAGGAGGUUUUCACUCAAAAUCUCACAAUACAUGGCCCCAUUCAUUUUUUCCUUUACACGGAUCAGUCGUCCUGGUCCCUUUGCAGAAAAACAGCCCCAAAGCAUGAUGUUUCCACCCCCAUGCUUCACAGUAGGUAUGGUGUUCUUUGGAUGCAACUCAGCAUUCUUUGUCCUCCAAACACGACGAGUUAAGUUUUUACCAAAAAGUUAUAUUUUGGUUUCAUCUGACCAUAUGACAGUCUCCCAAUCCUCUUCUGGAUCAUCCAAAUGCACUCUAGCAAACUUCAGACGGGCCUGGACAUGUACUGGCUUAAGCAGGGGGAUACGUCUGGCACUGCAGGAUUUGAGUCCCUGGCGGCGUAGUGUGUCACUGAUGGUAGGCUUUGUUACUUUGGUCCCAGCUCUCUGCAGGUCAUUCACUAGGUCCCCCCGUGUGGUUCUGGAAUUUUUGCUCACCGUUCUUGUUAUCAUUUUGACCCCACGGGGUGAGAUCUUGCGUGGAGCCCCAGAUCGAGGGAGAUUAUCAGUGGUCUUGUAUGUCUUCCAUUUCCUAAUAAUUGCUCCCACAGUUGAUUUCUUCAAACCAAGCUGCUUACCUAUUGCAGAUUCAGUCUUCCAAGCCUGGUGCAGGUCUACAAUUUUGUUUCUUGUGUCCUUUGACAGCUCUUUGGUCUUGGCCAUAGUGGAGUUUGGAGUGUGACUGUUUGAGGUUGUGGACAGGUGUAUUUUAUACUGAUAACAAGUUCAAACAGGUGCCAUUAAUACAGGUAACGAGUGGAGGACAGAGGAGCCUCUUAAAGAAGAAGUUAUAGGUCUGUGAGAGCCAGAAAUCUUGCUUGUUUGUAGGUGACCAAAUACUUAUUUUCCACCAUAAUUUGCAAAUAAAUUCAUUAAAAAUCCUACAAUGUGAUUUUCUGGAAUUUUUUCCUCAAUUUGUCUUUCAUAGUUGACGUGUACCUAUGAUGAAGGUAGGUAGUGUACCUAUGAUGGCGGCAGGUAGCUUAUUGGUUAAGAGCGUUGUGCCAGUAACCGAAAGGUCGCUGGUUCUAAUCCCUGAGCCGACUAGGUGAAAAAUCUGUCGAUGUGCCCUUGAGCAAGGCACUUAACCCUAAUUGCUCCUGUAAGUCGCUCUGGAUAACAGCGUCUGCUAAAUGACCAAUUUUUUUUUUUUUUUCUUUAUGAAAAUUACAGGCCUCUCUCAUCUUUUUAAGUGGGAGAACUUGCACAAUUGGUGGCUGACUAAGUACUUUUUUUCCCCACUGUAAAUGAGAGUAAUGAAUAAGACAAGAUAAAUAUGACUUACAAUAAACUCCUCGUAUGUCAUUCUCUCAACCAGUUUCACCUGGAAUGCUUUUCCAACAGUCUUGACAAUGUCCCACUAAGCGCAAACCAGAUGGGAUCGCGUAUCGCUGCAGAAUGCUGUGGUAGCCAUGCUGGUUAGGUGUGCCUUGAAUUCUAAAUAAAUCACAGUGUCACCAGCAAAGCACCCCCACAACAUCACACCUCCUCCUCCAUGCUUCACGGUGGGAACCACACAUACGGAGAUCAUCCGCUCACCUACUCUGCGUCUCAAAAAACAUGGCAGUUGGAACCAAAAAUCUCACAUUUGGACUCAUCAGACCAAAAUACAUAUUUCCACCAGUCUAGUGUCCAUUGCACAUGUUUCUUGGCCCAAGCAAAUCUCUUAGUAGUGUUUUCUUUGCAACAAAAAAAAUAAUAUAUAUAUAAAAUGAAGGCCUGAUUCAUGCAGUCUCCUCUGAACAGUUGAUGUUGAGAUGUGUCUGUUACUUGAACUCUGUGAAGCAUUUAUUUGGGCUGCAAUCUGAGGUGCAGUUAACUCUAAUGAACUUAUCCUCUGCAGCAGAGGUAACUCUGGGUCAUCCUUUCCUGUGGCGGUCCUCAUGAGAGCCAGUUUCAUCAUAGCGCUUGAUGGUUUUUGCAACUGCACUUGAAGAAACGUUCAAAGUUCUUUAAACUUUCCGGAUUGACUAACCUUCAUGUCUUAAAGUAAUAAUGGACUGUCGUUUCUCUUUGCGUAUUUGAGCUGUUCGUGCCAUAAUAUGGACUUGGUCUAAAUAGGGCUAUCUUUUGGGAUACCACCCCCCUAUCUUGUCACAACACAACUGAUUGGCUCAAACACAUUAAGGAGGAAAACAAAUUCCACAAACGUACUUUUAAGAAGGCACACCUGUUAAUUUAAAUGCAUUCCAGGUGACUACCUCAUGAAUCUGGUUGAGAGAAUGCCAAGAGUGUGCAAAGCUGUCAUCAAGGCAAAGGGUGGCUUUUUGAAGAAUUUCAAAAUAUAAAAUAUAAUUGUAUUUGUUUGACACUUUUUUGGUUACUACAUGAUUCCAUAUGUGUUAUUUAAUAGUUUUGAUGUCUUCACUAUUAUUCUACAAUGUAGAAAAUAGUAAAAAUUAAGAAAAACCCUUGAAUGAGUGGGUGCGUCUAAACUUUUGACUGGUACUGUGUAUUUCUAAAACGAUUCAAUCUUGCAAAAUAAACAUUUUAGAUCUGCAUGGUCAUAACCAAACUUACUCAGAGCAGAAAUCUGAACAUGUGCAUCUGUACAGAUUUAUUUUAGCGGGAUCUCCGUAAUCAGCUGAUCCAUGGUCCUAAUGAACACCUUCUCCAUGAUGACAGAGUUUCUCUGGGUCUCCCUCUUGUCAAUGUUCACUACGGAGAUGUCGUCUCUGGAAUCAUUUUCCAAUGUAGUGUAGGUGCAAUACUCUGCACAGUAGCCUGGCGGGUCCAUUCGCACUACAGAGGGUAGUGCGUACGGCCCAGUACAUCACUGGGGCCAAGCUUCCUGCCAUCCAGGACCUCUAUACCAGGCGGUGUCAGAGGAAGGCCCUCAAAAUUGUGAAAGACUCCAGCCACCCUAGUCAUAGACUGUUCUCUCUGCUACCGCACGGCAAGCGGUACCGGAGCGCCAAGUCUAGGUCCAAAAGGCUUCUCAACAGCUUCUACCCCCAAGCCAUAAGACUCCUGAACAGCUAAUCAUGGCUACCCAGACUAUUUGCACCCCCACCCCAUCUUUUGACGCUGCUGCUACUCUGUUAAUUAUUUAUGCAUAGUCACUUUAACUCUACCCACAUGUAAGAAUGCUUGAGCAAAUGUAAUCUGUGCAGUACAGCCUCUUUCCACCAGGUGUAGCGCUUCUCUCGCAGAUUAAAAACAAGAAAUGAUCAAUGGUGAGGGUUAAGUUAAUUACUUGAGAGUUCAUCAAUAGUUAAUUCAAUAAAUUGUUAAUUUUUACCCUAAUCAUUGCGAGCCCUCAUGACUCUCAAAAACCACAGUUUAAUUUUUAAUUUAGCGCCGCCCUAAAACCCUAUUCAAAUUCGGCACAAACCUUAAAAUAGGUAUGUAAUGAGACAUUCUAUAAAACUCUAUAGUGUUUUAUUUACAUUUUAGAGGUGAUAAGUUGGACAAAUCGGGUGAAAAAAGCCGAUUCCUCACACGACAUAUCUCCCCCUUUCACUAUGACGCAGUAGCUUUCCCUUCCCCACCCGCCAUUUUUAAAAAGACCCUGCGGAGCUCCAUUGCUUUCUUCAAUCUAGCAGAGACGGGCAGCAUGAAGGUCUCAUCAUGGACUGUUGGAAGGGGGAGAAAUUGUGCUUUACAAUGGUAUUCAGAUUACAGUUGACCUGGAAGUAUUACGUUUUUGGGGUCAAAUGUACGGAACAGCGCGAUGUACAAAAGUGCGUUAACUACCAUUAAUGUUCUGUAAUAACAUUCGCUACUUGGAAGUCUCAGAAAGGCGAGGCAACUAUACUGCCGAGCACCAUUACAGCUGCUAACGUUACAGCCGAGCACCAUUACAGUUCUAUCACUCUCAAACAGAGAAAUGCACAUGAAACGUUAGCUAGCCCCCAAAAAUAAAAAACAGCAAUGCAAAAUUUUACAGUUUAGUCAUUUAGCAGAUGUUCUUAUCCAGAGCGACUUACAGUUAGUGCAUACAUUAUUAUUAAUAUAUAUAUAUAUAUUUUUUUUUUUCAUUCUGGCCCCCAGUGGGAAUCGAACCCACAACCCUGGCGUUGCAAACGCCAUGCUCUACCAACUGAGCUACAUCCCUGCCGGCCAUUCCCUCCCCUACCCUGGAUGACACUGGGCCAAUUGUGCGCCGCCCCAUGGGUGUAAGUAGGUUCUAAAUGAUCAUGACUCUCAAACACACAUACUUUUGUUAGUAUCCUGACUGGUUUUAGAUUGUAAAUACCAUGUACACCUUAGUUAUUUAUCAAGACAGCCAUAUAAUUUAGAUAGCAUAAAGCUAACCUGGGUUCUCCAUUCUCCAUUCAGCUAGCUACUGCUGGCGCAACGUCUUGUUAACGUUACCUGUCAAGUAGAAAACAGGCCAUCUCUGCAUCAGACUUCAGCCCUUUUAGGGACAUAACUUCUCUCCAGCGAUUCAAAUUGUUACCUAUAUUUACUCUGGUUUUUCCCCGAGCCUUAUCAUUUAGUCUCUUGGCUAAACUUCUCAUUUUUUGGCACCUGUAUCCGCAACCAGUGGGGCUGGAUGCUUGCCUAAGAAAUCUGCCAUUGUUGAUUGCGCUCGAAAGAAGAUGACGAAGGUGCAGCCCUCCAAUUCGAAAAUAAGAUACUUUUGUUGACCAAAAGGAAAACUUGACUACAGCUGGCUUUCAUUCUCUCACAGCUACACUGUUCUAGGACUGGGCACUUAAAGUAAUUAACUAAACCAAUUCACUUGUCAUUCAUAGCCGGCAGCACCUCCUUGUCACCAAACUAAGCAGAUUUACUUUGUAUUGAUAAAUAGAUUUCCAUAGCAUAUACAAAAAAUGAAUAGUGCUCAGUGUAGAAGCGGUGAAGGUUUCAGUCCCAGUUCAUGCUAUCACCAAUUUGAUAUAUAGUAUGCAGUGGCUGUGUUUCUAUAUGAUGAUUGACGUACUGAAAUUCUCCUGUCGGAUGUUGUGUACCAGAUCAACCAGUCCCAGAGUAACCAGUUCAACAUGCACGUGGAGUACGAGUGGUGGCUGCAUCAGUAUGAUCUGUAAGAGAGUGACGACUACCUGGACAACAAGGUCAGCAACAUUAUGCUACAUCUCGCUCGUGUUCAUUAGGCUCCAAAUGGAAGAAAACAGACUAAACAGGGAGGAACUAUUUGGACUUGUCCAAUAAGAAACACUUUUUUAAAAAAAUAAUCUGUUGCAUGCCCUACUAAUCAACACAACCCAGUCUUUCACAACUCUAUGUUGUCUGCUGCGAUCCUGAUUUGGAGGUGUUUGUUGAUCAGCAAUAGAUUGUUUGUAACAGUCUAUUAUGACCGUUUGCUAUGACUGCUGAGUAUAGAGAGUGUGUUUGUUUGUGACUCUCUUUAGACGGGCCCAGUGAAGAAGGACCAAUCCUCUCGGCCCUUCAGUCUGUACCAGCUCCUCCCACCCUGGACCGAUGAGGAGAUGGACUCUUCAGUGUUGGUCACAGGCUGGCCCUGGUCCGCGAUCACAAGCGGGAGGUAUACGCCAUUCCCAGCUCUCACACAUGCAGCCUGGACUCAGAGCCCACCCUUUAGAUGCCCUAAAGCCACCAUUCCUCCCAACAGAGCCAUGCAGAUAUGUCACAUCAUAGUAGCAGCUUCCAUCUUGUGUAAACAGUAUGCCCACUUCUGAAUGAUAGAAGCAGUUUAUUUGCACAUGAUAAUUGGUAAAAAGCCUGCACUCACUGGAAAUAGUCUUGAAAUAUUUUGUUUUAGGCAGCAACAUGUCCAUUGACCUCAGUUUGUUUUGUAUCUCUGGGGCAGGGAUCUGUGGGGACCGAACGGUGGUCUCUGACUUAGUGUUGACUGUGACCUGUUAAUCGUCUGUGUAGAUUAUGGGGUACCAUCAAAUUCAAGAGUCUAUGGUGGUCCAGAGUCAUCUUUCAGAAGUGUGUGUGAGUAUGCCAACUUCAUUUAGGUAUUUCUUCUAUGACAAAUUCAUUUCGGUAUACUUAGUAAGACUGACCUCGUUUGGUUAAAGGAUCAACUACCUGAAAUUGGUUUUGAAGGGAGUUUCCAAUUAAUAUUAUAUGAAUUAUGGGUAUUACAAUACAUGACCCGGCAGUGAUGUUUCAAUCACUAGAUCUGAUAUGUAGUACUAUCACCCGAUAAAUCAAUGUAUUCUGUCAUAACACUGUGCCAACUCUAUAUUGGCCUAGAUUCAAUCCGGAUCGAUUCAAAAGUUCUGCGCUAUAGAGCAAUUGAAAUUUAAAGGCAAUGUUCCCAUGUUCGCAGAGACUGCAUUCACCGUAAACGCUGCAUAUGUCAGCUCAAUCAGAAAUUACCUUUACAUUUCAAUUGCGCUAUAAUGUGGAUCUUCCACGGUCCGGAUUGAAUCUAGCCCAUUGUCUUGCACCGUCUAUUUCAGCUCAGGGUCUCCAAAAUACUCUGUCACUGCCCUCAACUCCCUAUCUGAACUGCCAGAGAGAGGUAAACUAUGCUGUCUAUGUUUUACAGAUGUAAUCUAUUUUACUCACAAUUGUAUCACACGUGAAAGCACACCUCUUUCUUGAAGUGGAAAAACACCUUCUUGAAGUAAAACCACAAAUGAUCCUCCUCCAUAGUAUGCAGUCUAGAUACUGUAGAAUUCAACCACAUUUACUUCAGACUUUAUAGCUUUUUUUGUUUUGUUUUUUGUUUUGCCUUUAUUGCUUUCUCCCCCCUUUGUGUCCCCCAGGAUUCCGCGCAGAUGGAGCAAGCAACUCGUCCCACUUUGUCUAUCAGAUGCAUCAGCCCAGCAGCAGACACCCUCCCCUAAACUUCCCCACAUCUCCUCACACCUUCAUCCUGGAGUCCAAUAGGGCCUCUUCCCACUAUGGCAACCCCCCGCACCCUCUGCCCAGGAGAGCGCUGGUGAGAGUUGGCAGGGGGGCACAUUUCCUCAGAAUAUACCGAUUUUCUGUUCACAGUAAUUCUUCCCCUCAAAGUAGUGUAUUUUCAUAAUCUAUUGUUCGAUAUGUUUGGUAGUUCAAUUUAAUAGAGGCCAAGGCAUAGCAGGCUAUAUUUCAGUUUUAGUAUUACUGUAUAUACACUACAUGACCAGAAGUCCAUUUUGGAACAUCUCAUUCCAAAAUCAUGGGCAUUAAUAUGGAAUUGGUCCCCCCUUCGCUGCUAUAACAGCCUCCACUCUUCUGGGAAGGCUUUCCACUAGAUGUUGGAACAUUGCUGCGGGGACUUGCUUCCAUUCAGCAACAAGAGCAUUAGUGAGGUCAGGCACUGAUGUUGGGUGAUUAGGCCUGGCUCGCAGUCAGCGUUCCAAUUCAUCCCAAAGGUGUUUGAUGGGGUUGAGGUCAGGGCUCUGUGCCAGUCAAGUUCUUCCACACCGAUCUCGACAAACCAUCCUGUAUGGACCUCGCUUUGUGCACGGGGGCAUUGUCAUGCUGAAACAGGAAAGGGCCUUCCCCAAACUGUUGACACAAAGUUGCAAGCACAGAAUUGUCUAGAAUGUCAUUGUAUGCUGUAGUUUAAGAUUUCCCUUCACUGGAAAUAAGGGGCCUAGCCCAAACCAUGAAAAACAGACCCAGACCAUUAUUCCUCCUUCACCAAACUUUACAGUUGGCACAAUGCAUUGAGGCAGGUAGCGUUCUCCUGGCGUCCGCCAAACCCAGAUUUGUCCGUCGGACUGCCAGAUGGUGAUGCGUGAUUCAUCACUCCAGAGAACGCGUUUCCACUGCUCCAGAGUCCAAUGGCGGUGAGCUUUACACCACUCCAGCCGACGCUUGGCAUUGCGCAUGGUGAUCUUAGGCUUGUGUGUGGCUGCUCGGCCAUGGAAACCCAUUUCAUGAAGCUCCCGACGAACAGUUAUUCUGCCAAUGUUGCUUCCACAGGCAGUUCGGAACUCAGUAGUGAGUGUUGCAACCGAGGACAGAUGAUGUUUAUUUGUUGCUACUACAGCUCUAGCAGGGCAGAAAUGUGACGAACUGACUUGUUGGAAAGGUGGCAUCCUAUUGACGGUGCCACGUUGAAUGUUACUGAGCUCUUCAGUAAGGCCAUUCUACUGCCAAUGUUUGUCUAUGGAGAUUGCAUGGCUGUGUGCUCAAUUUUAUACACCUGUCAGCAACGGGUGUGGCUGAAAUAGCCGAAUCCACUAAUUUGAAGGGGUGUCCACAUACUUUUGUAUAUAUAGUGUAGUUGUUUUUACAUCCAAAGGCCUGUUUUUUUGGGACAGGCUACUCUUGGAUACUUCAAAUUGGCAAUAGCUCCAUCUGCUGGGAUAAAAAGGCUCAUUUUAGAGGCGGCAAAUAGUUGGCAACUCCAAGUCUUAGUCACCACAGCAGGAUUAGUUCGCCUUAUCCUCAGUUUGAGAUCUUUAGUUACUCUGAUUGACAGCCAAAUAUGUAUUUUGACAUUUUCCCUGGCUCAUUACUGUUGGGCAUACACCUAUUUUUCUUCAAUGAUAUGGGGGUUUUCCCCCUCAGAGCAAAUAUGUUAUUUUGGUUAAGCACUGGUUUGGCUUGGUCACCUUUAGGGAUGAUGUAAUGUUUUUCUUUCCUUACUGGUGCAAUGUUUUUCACUCAAUAGUGCUGUGGUGUUUCUCUCUCCAGCCCAAGCCAAAAGUGAGGCGGGUCCAAGCCAUCUACGACUGUGUGGCUGACCACCAUGAUGAGCUCACCUUCAACGAGGGCGAGAUAAUGGUUGUGCUGGAGGAGGACGAUGCUGAUUGGUGGGAAGGUAUAUUACAUUUUUACAUUUUAGUCAUUUAGCAGACGCUCUUGUCCAGAGCGACUUACAGAUAGUGAGUGCAUACAUUUUUCAUACUGGCCCCCCGUGGGAAUCGAACCCACAACCCUGAGGAUGCCUGUAAAGUUUAAAUAUCCCAGGACAGCUCGUAAAGUUUAAAUGUCCCAGGACAGAUACAGUAGUGCAGGACUUACAUUUACGUCAUUUAGCAGACGCUCUUAUCCAGAGCGACUUACAGUUAGUGCAUACAUUAUUUUAUCGAACCCACAACCCUGGCGUUGCAAACUGAGCUACAUCCCCUGCCGGCCAAAUCCCUCCCCUACCCUGGACGACGCUGGGCCAAUUGUGCGCGCCGCCCCAUGGGUCUCCCGGUCGCGGCCGGCUACGACAGAGCCUGGAUAUAUAUAUGUAUAUCUCAGUAUAUAUAUGUAUAUCUCAGUUACAGGUAGAAGUUGUCCUAAGACACAGAUCUAGCAUCAGAUUACACUCCACAAAUCCGUUUCGGUGGUGUGCCUUCUUCACUGUGUAGGUUUCAAAGUCUUUGGGCAACGGCUAAAUUGAUUUAAUAGUGAACAAAAGGUGCUACAAUUAACUCAGCUGCUUGCAAUUGGCACUGACCUUUACCAUUGGAGGGGUAAACUAUUAGUGAUAAAUGUUUAUGAAUGGACUUCUUACUCCCAUUCACUCAUACAUUCUGUGUAUAGCCACAGGAUUGGGUCUGCUCUUCUGUUUCUGUUGUUUAAAUAAUCAAAUAAUAAUGUAUUGGCCACAUGUGGCGAAUACAACAGGUGUAGACUUUACAGUGAAAUGCAAACUUACGAGCCCAUUCCCAACAGUGCAGAGUUAGAAAGUUAGACAAAUAUUUGCUAAAGGAAAUAGUAACACAAUAAAAACAAUAACAAGGCUAUAUACAAGGAGUACCAGUACCAAGUAAAUGUGCAGGGGUACGAGGUAAUUGAGGUAAUACAUUAUGUGGGUAGGGGUAAAAGUGACUAGACAAUCAGGAUAUAGAACAAACAGAGUAGCAGCAGCAUAUGUGAAGUGUGAAAGUGAAUCUGUGUGAGUGUGUGUGAGCCAGUGGAGGCUCCUCAGAGGAGGAAGGGGAGGACCAUCCUACUCAGUGAAUUAGUGAAACAUUUAAAAAAGUUAUCCUUUUUAGAUAAAACUAUACUAAAUGUAUUCACGUCACCAAAUAACUGAGUAAAACACACUGUUUUGCAAUGAAGGUCUACAGUAGCCUCAACAGCACUCUCUGGGGUAGCACCAUAGUGUAGCCGGAGGACAGCUACAGUAUUUUCCGUCCUCCUCUGGGUACAUUGACUUCAAUACAAACCCGAGGAGGCUCAUGGUUCUCACCCCCUUCCAUAGACUUGUCUAAUUAUGACGACUUCCGGAGGACGUCCUCCAACCUAUCAGAGCUCUUGCAGCAUGAAAUGACGUCCACCGAAUCAGAGGAUCAGAGAAUGAAUCUAGUACUGAAAGCAUAGCUAGCACUACAGUGCAUAAAAUACUUAUUUCCCUCAUUAAAAUGCAAAUCAAUUUAUAACAUUUUUGACAUGCGUUUUUCUGGAUUUUCCGGGCAGCCCUUUGAUUAACUGUUCAGCAGUCUUUUGGCUUGGGGGUAGAAGCUGUUCAGGUGCCUUUUGGUCCCAGACUUGGCACUCCGGUACCGCUUGCCGUGCGGUUAACUAAUCCCAGGGUUAACUAGUCAACAUGCCCCAUUACAGAGCCAGGGGAAACAAUGAAAACAAUGAAAAGAAAGAUGGACAGACAAGUAUUGCGUGCCUAGUCCAACCUAAAGAUUCCCUUUUGUACAAGAUAUAAUGUGAUAUAACUACGCCAGAAACCCAACAUAGGGGGGUUAUAGCAGAAACCACUUCCUCCUCCUCUGGAUUCUCAAUUGGCCAUCUGGUUUUCCAAUGGAAUCUCCCUGGAGAGGUAAUUGCAGUCACAAAAACAGACCAACUGAACUAACAAACAACAUACAAAGUGGGUGUGGAUGGGUCUAUGGUAGCUUUUUUGUGUAACCCAUCGAUAUUUUGUUAUUUUGUCCCCACAGCAUGGAUACGUUGAGGGCCAGCCAAACAAGAAAGGCCUGUUCCCUUCAUCUUUCGUCCAUGUGUUGUCUUACUGA